UUCAGCUGCACAGCCUAUGCUGUGUACAUAUAAGCUGUGAAGCGAACACGUACCAGGAAGCAAAGAACUGAACUGACUUGACCAAAACAACCAUUAUUCCCUGUCAUGAAAGCUGAGACAGCGCUGCACUUAGUAGUUGACUAUGUCUUCAUCCGUUGCUGGGGCGCAGGAUACAUCAGAGAUAACACUCCGCCAGGAAUUCAAAGGACACACUGAUUGGAUCUCGGGCGUCAUACACCUGCCCAACGGACAGCAGAUCAUCACUUGUUCAUAUGACAGCUCACUCCGAGUGUGGAACUUGGAGAAUGGGGCACAAAUUGGAGAAGACUGGAGAGAUGGAGAAAGUAAAGUGCACAGUAUAGCAUUGUCUCCAGAUGGGAAGAAAGUGGUUAGCGGGAGUGAUGAUCAUGCAGUGAGACAAGCGGUGAUAUCUGUCUGCUGGAGUAGAGAUGGUCGGAGAGUGUUAAGCGGAUCUGAUGAUGGGACUGCAAGGCAAUGGGACGUGGAAAGUGGGGGAGCUACACUUCGAGCAUCGAUCGUGACCAGUGCGCACCAAACAGUGUGGGCAGUCGUCUAUUCACCAGACAUGACCAUGUUUGCAACUGGUGGACGUGAUGGGCCCUUCACUGGAACACACUCAGUCGAAAUCUGGAAUGCAAAGACUGGCAAGCUUGUCACUAUUCUUGAAGGACACACGGACUCUGUUCGCUGCCUGGCUUGGACCAAGGACGGAAAAAUGCUCAUCUCCGGGUCAUUCGAUUGCUCAAUUAGGACAUGGGAUACAACCAAGUGGAAGCAAAUUGCGAUACUGGAAGAGCACACCGAAGGUGUCUUUGCCAUUGCAGUAUCUCCAAAUGACCGCAUCCUCGCAAGCGCAUCGUGCGACAAGACAGCGCAAUUGUGGAACCUCGAGAACAGCCAACCCAUCAGAUCCCCCCUCCAGCACGCAGAGGAAGUGUACUGUGUAUCCUUUUCCAUGGAUGGAAAGCUAUUAGUCACUGGCUGCUGGGACAAAAACGUGUACUUACGGGAUGUUGCUGUGAUUGAAGCUGGCCUCAACGACCUUUUGUCAGAUUCGAAGGUUAACAAGUCGGCACUCAGUGCUGAUGAUACUGGCAUAGCCACGACUUCAAUACCCUCAGACCCAGAUGCAAUGAUAAGAGAAGAAGCUAUUCAACGAGCGGUUUGGAUUGAACUCGAAUAUGCCCCGCUACGUCUACUCAAUACCUCCACGGGUCUUCUGUGCGAUCGGGCGGCACAACUAAACGCCUUCAAAACGAGUGCAAAGUACAAAGAGCUUUUGUCAUUCAUAACAAAGCAUUCAGAACUCCAAAUGGAGCGCAUCAAGGAAGUGGUAGCGAUGUACUUUCGCUGCGUCCUGCUAUCACACAGAUGGGAAGAGAAGGAGGCGCUGCUGCACGACAUCCAGGACAAAGUUGUGUACGAGUUGAGUGGACUUGGUGGUAUCAAGAAACUGCAGUCAUUCUGUGAAAUCGCUCGUGACGCUGGGUAUUGCUGGGCAUGGAUGGAUACAUGCUGCAUCGACAAGAAGAGUAACACUGAGCUUCAAGAAUCGGUCAACUCCAUGUUCGUAUGGUACCGCCACUCAGCGCUUACUAUCGUCUACCUAUGCGAUGUCCCCCCUUCAUCCCAGUCUGGUGCACUGGCGAACAGUGUUUGGAACGAGCGAGGAUGGACAUUUCAAGAAUUUGUCGCUCCGAAAGUUGUUAUCUUUUAUCAGAAGGAUUGGUCAUUAUAUCUCGACGAUCGCACUCCCAAUCACAAAGAGUCCCCCACAAUCAUGAAGGAGUUGGAGGGUGCGACGGGCAUAGAUGCACGGGCCCUGAUCUCCUUCCGUCCGGGGAUGAUCGACUCCCGGCGGAGGCUUCAAUGGGCAUCAUCACGUGUUACUACAUUGCAAGAAGAUAUCGCGUACUCAUUGUUUGGUAUCUUCGGUGUCCACCUACCUGUAAUCUAUGGCGAGAAGAAGCAGAACGCGCUCGGGCGGCUCCUACAGGAGAUCGUGGCUCGGUCGGGCGACAUCACCGUCCUCGACUGGAUUGGACAACCUUCCGAGUUCAAUAGCUGUCUUCCAGCCUUUAUUACCUCUUACGCCACUCUUCCAUGCACCCUUCCAUCUUUGUCCGAAGACCAGAUUCAGACAGCUAUGUCUUCGCUGCGAAAAAAUCCUCUGGCUGUGGAAUUGGCUUCGAAUCUUUACGACCGGCUUGAUAACACGAGCGCUGCUCGUUUCGCGAACUGCAGACUGCAUUUGCCUUGCGUAGCGUUCUGUGUUACAGAAGUCAGUCUGAGCUACAGUGCAUCCCAGGAGACUCGGUAUGAAGUCAAGGCAGACGGGCUUUAUGACCUGCUGAUCACCACCAAAGAGCCGAUUGAGUUCUCGCGGACAAGGCCCCUUCAUCAAACGUUUGUGCUUGUCUAUCCCUGGGAUCGGUCUCUCCUCGAGCCACCAGACUUUGCAAAUCUACUAGACGAUAUGGAGAGCGGGGAAGGUUAUUGGACGCCACCUUCCUCCCCGUCAGACGAGUCACCUAGCCGUUCUCUUGCAAAACAGGAGGUGGAUGAUUUAGAAUCGCGAGCAUUGCGGUUAGUUAUUCGCCUUGGGCAGCCUUUUGGCGCAUUUUUGCUAGCGCGGCAGCGCGGCGGAGAAUACAAGAGGGUUGCAUCGGAUCGUGAUAUCAUUGCACAGGUCAAAGAUGUGGCUUCUGUUCGAUACCCGAUGGACGUCAGGACGGUAGAAAUACUGUAGAUGCAUGUUCUCCCCGAAGAUUAGAGAUCUGAGCGGCUUUCAUUGGUACUUCGUAUGUGAUACUACUAGAUACGACAUGCAUGUGUUGGACUAUGGUUUCCUUCCAGAGCAGACCAUGGGGAUCUAUCUGCACCACUUCUCUAUCCGAUACUACUAGACUGAUGUCCCAUCAUCCUCAUUACAUCUGCCUGCAUGGGUGCUCGGGUUCAAUUUGUGCUCCACCUCCC